AAAAUAUUUCCCACCAAGGUUGAUGUAAAAAGUUAAAUUUUAAUACUUAUAACACGGUCCAUGCUGAAUUUCUUUCAACGAAUCAAAUGUCGAAUCAGCUGUGUUUUUUUGACGUCAUGCGCGAAAGAGCUGAUGGUCAGUCUCUGUCGACAUCAAGCAAUAAAUACAUCGGGAAGUGGUGUUGUAUUUUUCGAUUCCUCGACAAACAUGGACGAUGACGAGUAUCUUCAACCGGUUAUCUCCUCCGAGGAGCAAGAUAAUUUUCAAAAGCUGGAAACAAUUCCAAUUGUCGCUGUUCCACUUAUUUUUAGCGUAGCUCUGGAAAUUAGUGGCAUUAUUUUUGUAUCUCUUUGGCCAAAAGAGGUGGACAAAUGUGAAACUUAUUUUAUACUAUUGUAUCUUCAUUGUGCCUAUUGGAUUAUAAUUAUGGUUGUUGAUUAUUUUAUCAAAGCUCGACAUCAUAAUCUUCGAAUAUCUGGUUACUUGGAUUUUUAUCAAUCGACUUAUCAACACAUAAGAACGCCACUUUUUAUCGUGUCCCUGUGCAAUACUUUUUACCUCUUUUUGGCUGUUGUUCUGCAUCAAAUGCACAAAGCCGAUUAUUCAAUUUAUUGCAAAUCAUCGGAAUUAUUUACGCCACUCAAUUAUAUUUUUCUAUUUACAACCAUUGAAGUCUUCAUCAUUGUGCCUACAUAUGUGAAUUAUAUCAAGCGAGUGCACAGAUUUAAUUAUUUAAAACCUCCACCGGAUGUGACCCAGGAAGAAUGGUUGACAUCAUUUAAUCAAGAUUCGUACGCGGGGGGAAGUGGUAUCGGUUUUCAUCAACGUGGUUCUAAUGUUACAGAAUUGCUCGAGAAACAAGCCGAUUUGAUAAGGUACUUGAGAGACCAUAAUGUAAAUCUCAGCCAUCGAAUGAUGCUUCUCGCAUCUCAACGUACAGCUCCUCAAACGUAAUUUUUUUUUACCAUUUAAUUAUCAAAAUCCAAUUUUCCAAUAUUGUUUGACUGAUAUUGCAAAAAAGGAGAGAAGAAAAACAUCUUCAAUAAUUUUUUACAUAUUUUAGAAAAUAGUCGAAUUUUGCUAAUUGUACAGCUUUAAUUAGAAAAUAAUUCAAUAUUGCAAUAGAAGUUAAGUGAAUUAUUUAAUUAACUAAAAGAAAAUUUUUAUUGAUCAUUUGAGAAUUGUAAGAAAAACUUCUUUAUUUGACAAUUAGAGAGAAAGUACUUUUUAAAAACCUUUCGAGAAUUAAAAUUAUUAAAAGAGAA